GAACCAUGCUAUUUAAGGGGCAGCAUCGAAGGGUUGAGCUACCAUCUCCAAGCUGCCUCUUCUCUCCGGUGCACAAUAGCAGGAAUCUGUAUCUCAUUUCAACGCAAUGUACAGCAGGAUCUGCCUGUGUCUGUUCCUGGCUGUGCUGUCCACAAGCGGCUUGGGACAGCAGACCUCAGGAUCCCACAGUGUCAAUGCAGGGGCCACUGAUCUGGAGCAGAGCUUGUUAGAAGAUCACCGGCACGUCCGUACGUCAGCCUCAGGGAAAUCUAUCCAGCGAGUGGAUGGCAGUGUGGACCAAAAAGCCAACCUUGGAGCUCUGUUAACCAAAUACCUCCAGCAAGCACGAAGAGGUUCUACUGGAAAGGUUUCUGUGAUGGGAUUGCAGAAUUUUGACCCUACUCACAGGAUAAGGGAUAGAGACUACAUGGGCUGGAUGGAUUUCGGACGUCGCAGUGCUGAAGAAUAUGAGUACCCGUCUUAAAAAUUGUCUAUGCUUUUAAAACAAAUGAAAAUCAAGUCCCAUUUCUGUACAGAAAAAAAUUGUCAGCCUUUUCAAAUCAGUGUUUAAAAAGAUGUAUGCACUUGAUGUAAAUUUGUCUGUAAAACUAUACAAUGCAAUACACACCAUAUAUAAACAUAUGCAGAAUUUUCAAGAAAAAACUCUUUUUCUCCUAUAGUUUCUUAUCCCUUACUGUAAAGAUUACAAGUAUAUAACUCAUCCAUCAGUUCUCUCACCACUGCAAAUGUUGCUGAGUGUCACAAUCCACUGCCAAAGGAAAAUGCUUUCAAAUCUAUCAUAACACUAUUCACUAAGCUGAACAACUUCCAAAGGAGUGUGUUUAAUUAAAAAAUAAAAAUUAAGGUAGUUUAGGCAAUGGAUUGGAUCCAAAGUUGGUGACAGCAAGCCCAAUUAUAUAUCAACUAGUCGUGGCUAAUUAAAGUCCUAUUGAUUACAGUGAACAUAGCCAAAACUGCAUCAACGGCAAUCUGUGGAAAUAUUGUCAUGGUAGAAUAGCUUUCCUGUGAAAAGCAUUUUCAUGGCUGUGAGAGACCCUUUAGAAUUUUAAGUCAGACAAAUCACCAGUGUGUGUUAUGAGGUUCAGUUUUCUUUUGUGAAAUAAAUGUGACCGUUCUGCUAACAUGAUGAAUCCUGGAAUAAACAGACCAUUCAUUGCCUCA